UCAGCUAAUUAUCUCUCAGAAAAUGAACUCUUCUUUCUCUCUCUUCUCGUAACCAUCACUAACAAUUCUACUUUUCUCCUCUUCAUUCAUCCUUUCUCUCUCUUCCCUUUUGUAGUAAUUCACGCUAAUUUUAUACUUCGCUCUACAUCUUCCUCAAUUUUCUCGAUUUUCUACUACUUUCUAGGGUUUUCAUGAUGUGCUUUUCAUUUUUGCGAACAUGUUCCUUGUGAAUUUUACCGUUUUUGAUUAAUUCGGCUAGUUCAGCCUAAUCCGAAGCUUGGAACAAGUUAUUGGACUGUAAAUUAGGUUUUGGGGUCGAAAUUGCAUUAUGCAAUGUCGUAAGAGCAACUAGAUUUGUGAUUGUUAAGGUGCAAUAUUUCUCCGAAAAUGGCGGCGGUUGCUGCGACGACGGAAGAGAAGAGAGAGAAAAUGUCGGUUGCAGAGUUGAGGGAUCGUCAUGUUGCUGCUAUUGAACAAGUUAAUACUCUUAGAGAGCUUUUGAAGCAAAGACGACGUCAUCUUCUUGACACUGAUGUAGCGAGUUUUGCGGCCGCGCAAGGAAAGACGGCGGUGAGUUUUGGACAAACGGAUCUUGUUUGUUGUAGAACAUUGCAAGGUCAUACCGGAAAGGUGUAUUCACUAGAUUGGACCGAGAAGAACCGAAUUGUAAGUGCAUCUCAAGAUGGAAGGCUAAUAGUUUGGAACGCCCUAACGAGCCAGAAGACUCAUGCCAUCAAGCUACCUUGUGCAUGGGUGAUGACUUGUGCAUUCUCCCCUAAUGGCCAAUCAGUUGCCUGUGGAGGACUUGAUAGCGUAUGUUCGAUAUUCAACCUAAAUGCCACCACUGACAAAGACGGAAAUCUGCCUGUUUCAAAAGCUCUUGUCGGGCAUAAGGGUUAUGUAUCUUGCUGUCAAUACAUUCCAGAUGAAGAUACCCACUUGAUUACCAGUUCUGGUGAUCAGACUUGCAUUUUGUGGGAUACUACUACAGGAUUACGAACUUCAGUCUUUGGAGGUGAAUUUCAAUCUGGCCAUACUUCUGAUGUCUUGAGCAUUUCAAUAAGCAGAGCAAACAGUAAAAUGUUUGUAUCUGGCUCGUGUGAUUUAACUGCUCGAUUGUGGGAUACUCGUGUGGCAAGUCGUGCUGUGCGAACAUUUUACGGCCACGAGGGAGAUGUAAAUACUGUGAAGUUUUUCCCAGAUGGUAACAGAUUUGGCACUGGGUCAGAGGAUGGCACAUGCAGAUUGUUUGACAUUCGUACUGGACAUCAACUUCAAGUAUAUGACCAGCCACAUAAAGAAAAUGAAGUUCCUCCUGUGACAUCGAUUGCUUUCUCCAUAUCGGGAAGACUUUUUUUUGCUGGGUAUUCAAAUGGUGACUGUUAUGUCUGGGACACUUUACUGGCCAAGGUGGUACUGAAUUUAGGAUCACUUCAAAACUCACAUGCUGGGAAAAUCAGUUGUCUGGGCUUGUCAGCUGAUGGGAGCGCCCUAUGCACUGGAAGUUGGGACACUAAUCUGAAGUGGAUAUUUUGCGGAAUUCUUCUCUCCCUUUGCCACCUUCUCUUCCUGUCAUACAUGGAUCCUAUACAGACUAGGUUUGAAAGUAGAACCAGGAGUUUGCCAUCCCAUUCAGAAAUUUGGAUUUAGAGUAGAAUGGAGGAGCUUUAAUAUGGAAAUCUGCACCAUCGCCCCUGUCUUUCCUGCCCCUUUUCAGGAUAGAAUGAGCUAGAGAAGGGGACAGGGGAGAAGGAAUGCAAUUUCAUACUAGAGUUCCUGUCAAUUUUGUCAUUCUUUUGCUUUUUUAACAUUUUAUUUGUGAUCUUGGGCUGGAAAAGUUGUUUGAAUACAUUCCUUUGAUCACUGGCCUACUGAUCUAAAUUGCACAUUUUGAUUAGUAUAUCACUUCCUAAAUCCUGACAUGUAAAUAUAGUUCGGCUGCUUUGAUAGAUGCUAUGAUAAAUGAUUAUGUGGAAAUUUGAGUGUAAUAUUGUGCAAAUGUCCAUGUAAUUGAUCCUUAUGUAUGUAAUCUAUUUCCGUAUUUAUAUCUUGUUCUUAUGGAAUUCUAUGGAGGAAAUGAUAUACUUUUGAGUGAACCACCUAUAUUGUGGAUAUUGAAACGAAGCUUUCCUAAUAGUGCAAUAUAUACAUUCCUUGUCAUUACGAGUUUACAACUUACUAGUUCAUCAUCAUCAUCCUACUCAGUGUAUCCCAUUCAUAGAAGAACUAUGGACACGAUUUGGGGAGAGGACACCUGCAACUCAUACCCAUAAAGGAGAGCGUGGCCAAAGGAGUCCCCCGGCUCGAAAAAUAUAGAAGACGUAGCUACAUUGGAAAGAUAAAAAAAUAAAUAAAAAAAAAUAAAAAUAAAAAUAAAAAUGCAUAUAAAUAAAAUAAAUAAGUAGAACCAACAACAAAAAGAGAACAAAAACUAAUAAUAAAAGAAACAAGAGAAGCAAAAUGACAAGAUCACCAAAAGGUAAUCUAAGAGGAUAGUCAGUAGUCUAAAACAUGAAUAUGGCGUCUCCAACUACCUCUAUCCCUAAUGAGGCCCUCAGAGAGGUUUAACUCAUGUAAGUCAACUUUUAUUUGCUCAUUCCAGGUUCUCCUGGGUCUUCCUCGACCCCUCUUACCCUCCACUAUAAUGCUUUCUACCCUCCUCACAGGGUCUGCGAAAGUCUUUCUCUGCACAUGUUCAAACCACCUCAAUCUAUUUUCGCGCAUUUUUCCAGAAAUAGGGGCUACUCCUAGUUUGUCUCUAAACUCUUGGUUUCUAAUACGAUCCAUCAAUGUGUGCCCACACAUCCAUCUCAACAUACACAUUUUUGUAACUUUCAUCUUAUAUUCAAAAAUCUUCUUUACAUGCCAACAUUCACUCCCAUAUAGUAGGGCAGGUUUGAUUGCCGCCCGGUAAAUUUUUCCUUUUAACUUGCUCGGGAUUUUCCUAUCACAUAGCACCGCGGUGGCUGCUCGCCACUUGAGCCAACUCGCUUGUAUACGAUGAUUUACAUCUCCGUCAAUCUCCCCAUCCCUUUAAAUGAUCGAUCCCAAAUACUUGUACUUGGUCGUACUUUUAACAACUGCUUCAUCAAUGGUCACCUCUGGUUCUCCUACCUGUGAUGUGCCACUAAAGUCAGCGUAAAUACUCGGUCUUCGUACGACUAUUGCGUAACCCUUUUCCUUCUAAAGCUUCCCUCCACUCAUCCAAUUUAUUACUAACCUCCUCUCUAGUUUCUGCUACCAGCACUAUGUCGUCAGCGAAUAGCAUGCACCACAGUACCGUCUUCCAAAUAGAUUUAGUAAUCUCUUCCAUAAUGACAGUAAAAAUGAAAGGGCUUAGAGCCGAACCCUGGUGUAGUCUCACUUUAACCGGAAAAGGCUUUGUUAUCCCCACCGGUGUUUGAAUGUUAGUCGAAACUCUGUCAUACAUGUACCGUAUAGUCUUAAUGUACACUGAAGAAAUACCUCUAGUCUUGAGGCUAUCUCAGAUGACACGUCGUGGUAUGCUAUCAUACGCUUUCUCCAAGUCAAUGAACACCAUAUGCAGAUCCUUCUUUCGCUUCCUAUAUUUCUUCAUCAGUCUCCUCAAAACAUGAAUUGCCUCAAUGGUUGACCUUCCUGGCAUAAAACCGAAUUGGUUCUCUCUAAUUACUGUUUCCUAUCUAAUUCUCCCCUCUAUCAAUUUCAUUGUGUGGCUUAAAAGUUUGAUACCUCUAUAGUUGUCGCAUACUUGCGCAUCGCUUUUGUUCUUAAACAGAGGUACUAGUGUGCUAUUCCUCCAUUCUUCUGACGUCUUAUGUGUCCUCAAAAUAAUAUUAAAGAGGUUAGUCAGCCAACGAAUGCCCUCUUCUUCUAAACCCCUCCACACUGCAAUCGAGAUGUUAUCUGGCCCGACUGCCUUUGUUCUCCCAUCUUUUUAAGAGCUUCUCGUACUUCUCUUGUGGUAAUAUCACUCGUUGACCCAUAUUCCAGUGGUCUUUGGACGUCAAAAAAUUGAUUUAUCUGCUUCCUUUGGCCCCCUAGACUCAUUGAGUAGCUGGGAGAAGUACUGGAGCCAUCUGGUUUUGAUCUCCUCUUGUCUCAGGAGAACUCAUCCCCCCUCAUCCUUGAUGUAUCUCACUGCCUCUAAGUCUUGCCGCUGUUUGGCCCUAGUCUUCGCCAACAUAAAAAUCUGCUUCUCCCCCUCUUUGGUAUCAAGCUUCCGAUACAAGUCCUUAUAACCACGGUUUUUUGCCUCCGUUAUCGCUUUCUUUGCCUUCCGCUUUGCUUCUUUAUAGCUCACUCUCUUUUCAAUCCUAUCCUUCUCUUCCGUGCAUGCCAUAAGUUCCUUAAAUCUCUUGUUUUUAUCUUUUAUCUUCUUUUCCACCUUAUCGUUCCACCACCAUGACUCUUUGAACACUUUUGGUUUACCCGACGACACCCCCAAGGUUUCUUUUGCCACUUUUCUAUUGGUUUUUGCCAUGUUCGCCCACAUUUCAUUCGCAUCCUCUGACUGACUUGGAAAGCCCAAUAAACUUAUCUUGCUUGACAAGGUUGUGAUCAUAUCCCGUUUGAGGCUUCCCCACAUGAUCUUUCCCCUAGACUCGACCUUCUUCUCUACGAUUUUCUUCCUCAUCCUGAAAACCAGUACUAGAAGUCUAUGUUGGGUGGGCAUCUCUGUACCCAACACCACCUUACAAUCCAAGCAUGAGGCUCGAUCUCCUUUGCGCACUAAGAAAUAGUCAACUUGGGUUGCGUGCCCGCCGCUCUUAUAUGUGGUCAGAUGCCCAUCUUUUUUUCUAAAGAUCGAGUUUGCUAUAACCAAAUCUUUUGCUAGCGCAAAUUCUCCCCAUUCUCAUUCCUUGCCCCCAAACCGAACCCUCCAUGUAUCGAGUUAUAGUUGCCUGCAUCUCUGCCUAUAUGUCCGUUAAAGUCUCUUCCUAAGAAAACUUUCUCAUCUUUCGGGAUAGUUCUCAUGAGGUCUCCUAGGUUAUCCCAGAACUCGCAUUUCACCUGCUCAUCGAGCCCAACUUGGGGCCCGUACGCACUGACAAUGGAUAUGAUCUCUUCCUUUACUACUAUCCUAACUAGCAUAAUCCUGUCAUUACACCUCAUUACUUCAACCAGUUGCUUUAGGAUAUCAUUAGACACUAGGAUGUCAACCCCCUUACGUCAGCCGUCCAAACCUGCAUAUCACAACUUAUAUCCUUUUAUACUUUUUGCUAUUUUCCCCUUCCACCUAGUCUCUUGAACACAUGCUACAUGAAUCCUGUAUUUAGAAAGCUCAUUGGCCGGCUUGAACGACUUGGCUUCUGGGGUACCUAUGUUCCAAGUCCCCACUCUUAGUUCUAGAUCCUGCUUACGUUGCCUCCUCUGACGCCUUCUCCUUGGACCUGACCUCAGGUGAUCAUAAUUGCUUCCUAAUUCUAUAUUCAGCUACUAAGGUAAAGGUUACAAUUAGAUCACUAACAGAGAUCAACACAAAAAAACAAAAAGAUAAAAUAAAAAAUAAAAAAUAAAUAAAAUAAAUAAAAGGUAAGAAAAGAAAAAAAAUAUUAAAUGAAAGAAAACAAAAAGAUUCCUUUCAACACUAAACAAUCAAAAAGCUUCACUUAAUGCAUGUCAUCGGACACUCGUUAUGUACCAAAAGCCUUGUUCAACACUAACCCAAAUUCUCCAAACAAUCUUACUAAAAACAAAUCAGUAUAAGUUAAAACGAAAAUCAAACACCAAUCUAGAGUAGAAAUAUAAAGUAAAAACUAUGUGAACCAUCUACUUGCUUUCAAGUGAUGAUCCAUCUUUUAGCAACUAAAAUCUAUAGGUGAGGUUUUAUCAGCAUAAAACAUCAAUGCAGUUUUUUCAGAUAGUAAUACUAUGAUAAUGCAAUUAUGCAAGUAUGAUUUUAUUUUAAGAGGCAUGCCCUCCCGUGUCCGAUAGUUUGUAUUUAAACAUUGAAGAGCCUUGAAGACGCUUGUCGGUAUUUUCCUUGAUGCGCAAUUUUUGUUUUUUGAUCAAGUAUUACAUAUGCUGGCAAACUUGUUACUUUGAGCAUUGAUUCAGUCACGGUUUGAUUCUCUUCUAGUAAACAAGCCUUCUUGUGUACGAUCAUUUGCAUUUAAACAUUUAUAAGUUGAAGAUCUCUGGCAAUGUUUCCUUCACAACCAGAUGGUAUUUCUAAUUGUUAAGCAUUAUAUAUGCGGGCAAACUCCAAGAUAAUUCGUUAGCCCAAACUUUGAGCUAGUUUUUCAGAAUUUGUCUUUACAAUUUCCAAAAUCUAUCGUCGUUCUUUUGGGUUUCCACCAAUUUCGAAGGGAUAGUUUCAGUCCAUUUUUGACUCUCUAUAAUAAAGUCCAUUAAUGGCCCGUCCCAUUAACUAUCCGUUCCGUUAAUUACCCAUUUAAUACUAUCCAACCAAAAUCCCGCUGGACCAUUCCGCCCAUUAAUCACCUCUACUUUCGGUUAAGUUUGACCUUGUAAGUGAAUGUUGAGUUAGAUGAUUUUUCAGUGUGUUAUAAUUUUUAUCGCUUUUUACAAUUAGAUUUAGAUGGCAGGUAUCUUAGGCACACCGAUAAUGUGGAUACCAUCGUGCUUGAACCUUUGUUCCGUGUUUUCUGGUUGCCCCUUCAUCCUGUAAUCUUUCUCUUUCUUGUUUCGGGGCUUCAGUUGUCUGCUCCUUGCAACUUGCAGUUUAUGGUUAUUCAUAACUGGAUAAGCAAUUCAUGUAAAUGUUAGAUAGACUUGCUGCCCAUUAAAGUUUCUGUUUUAAUGCAAAUAGUAAUCACAACUGUUUCUUUUAGAUCUUUGUGAAAACUAAUAAUUCUGCUUCAUAUAAUCGAGCUUCAUAAUUAGAAAUUGUGUAUGCUCAUUCUCUUUUG